AUGUUUCAAAGUUUUUUCCACAACAAUGGGCCCGCUGCUGCCGGUGAAACGUUUUCAGAUAGCAGAUCGUACCCUUUAACGAAUCAUCAAGAAGUACCCAGGAAUGGACUGAAUGAGUUGGCCUCAUCUGCAACCAAGGCGCAACAACAACCUACACACAUAUUAAACUCAUAUCCAAUUACCGGGUCCAACCCACUCAUGAGGGCAAGCGCAAUGGGGGCGACCUCUGGCAGCAUCAAUCCUAAUAUGUCCAACAUGAAUGAGCACAUUCGUGUUUCCGGGAUGGGGACUUCUAAGCCCCUGGACUUAGCGGGAAAGUACAUUGACCAUCUACAACAUAAAGAUAGUAACACUCCCGUACUCGACGAACGAUCUUAUUAUAACAGCGGGGUAGAUUAUAACUUCAGCAGAGAAAAAAACGGCUUAGGAGCGUUUACUCCAUUUGAAAAGCAAGAUGUGUUCAACAUUCCGGACGAGAUUUUGCAUGAAUUUUCCACUUCACAGACAAAAACUGAUAUGGGUAUUUUCCCGGAGUUAAAUCGAUGUUGGAUAACUAUUGAUAAUAAACUGAUACUCUGGAAUAUUAACAAUGACAAUGAGUAUCAGGUGGUAGAUGAUAUGAAGCAUACCAUUCAAAAAGUCGCCUUGGUAAGACCUAAGCCAAACACCUUUGUGCCUGCCGUGAAGCAUCUACUUUUGAUAAGCACGACAAUGGAGCUUUUCAUGUUUGCUAUUUCCUUAGACAAAGCCACCAACGAACUCAGUGUAUUCAAUACACAUCUAUCAGUCCCUGUACAAGGCAUUGAUGUAAUAGACAUUGUGUCUCAUGAAAGAUCGGGUAGAAUUUUCUUCGCAGGCCAAGCCAGUGGCCUGAAUAUCUGGGAGUUGCACUACUCAGGUUCCGAUGACUGGUUCAAUAGUAAAUGUAGUAAGGUCUGUCUGACAAAGUCUGCCCUAUUAAGUCUUCUACCUACUAACAUGUUAUCGCAGAUUCCAGGUGUUGAUUUUAUUCAGGCUUUGUUCGAAGAUAAUUCUAACGGUAAUGGCGGAUUUUCUCAAGAGACCAUCACGCAACUAACUAUUGACCAACAAAGAGGAAUCAUCUAUUCAUUAUCCUCCAAAUCCACCAUUAGAGCAUACGUAAUAACAGAAAAAUCACUGGAAGGACCCAUGUCAAUUGAGCCUGCCUACAUCAGUAGGAUCAUAGGUACCACGACGGCAAGGGCAGCACCGAUUUUGGGCCCCAAAUACCUAAAAAUUGUCAAGAUAAGCUCUGUUGCACCAGAAGAAAACAACAAUUUGUUUUUAGUUGCUUUAACAGUAGGUGGUGUGCGUUUGUACUUUAAUGGUUCCAUGGGCAGAUUUAACAUCGAAGCUUUGAGGUUAGAAUCGAUCAAGUUCCCCCCUAGUUCUGUAACUCCUGAAGUCAUCCAACAAGAAUUACUACAUCAACAACAGGAACAGGCGAAGAGAAGCUUUCCUUUCUUUUCAAAUCUAAUGUCUUCCGAACCAGUCCUCUUAAAAUUCCAAAAGAAAUCAUCUGUAUUACUAGAGACUACAAAAGCAAGUACAAUUAUUUCCCCAGGCAUAUUUUUUUCCGCUGUGAUCAAGUCAUCUCAGCAAACUCAUCAACAAGAAAAAAAAGAGAACUCAUCUGUUACUGGAACGACCGCUACCGCAGGGUCUAAAACUGUCAAACAACAGCCAGUUACUUUACAACAUAAGCUUUUCGUUAGUGUUCCAGAUUAUGGUAUCUUGAAAACACACGGUAAGUACGUUGAAAAUGCCACGUUUUUGGAAACUGCGGGCCCAGUUCAACAAAUUAUUCCCUUAUCGGGGUUGUUUAAUGCAACGACAAAGCCACAAGGAUUUGCUAACGAAUUUGCGACACAGUACACAUCAGAAACUUUAAGGGUAGCAGUUUUGACGAGCACUUCUAUCGAAAUUUAUAAAUAUCGUACUCCUGAUGAAAUUUUUGAGGAUCUAAUCGAUAAUCCGCUGCCAUUCGUCUUAAAUUAUGGUGCCGCGGAAGCUUGUUCCACUGCAUUGUUUGUUACUUGCAAAUCAAAUAAAUCUGAAAAAUUAAGAUCUAAUGCCCUGACUUUUUUAACUAUGGGUAUUCCUGGCGUUGUUGACAUCAAACCUGUCUACAACCGUUAUUCUGUAUCUACAGUAUCCUCUUUAUUGUCAAAGCCCACUUUAUCAACCGCAACAACUAAUCUCCAACAAUCAAUAACUGGCUUUAGUAAACCCUCCCCUGCAAACAAGGAAGAUUUUGACUUAGAUGACGUAAUAUUAUCCCCCAGAUUUUACGGUAUUGCAUUAUUGAUUACCAGACUACUUCGAGAUAUUUGGGGGAGACAUGUCUUCAUGACUUUUACAGAUAAUAGGGUGACAUCCCAUGCUUUCAUUUCUUCUUCUGAUCCAAUCACUCCAUCUAUUAAUAACCUAAAAAGUGAUGAAAUUUCACAAAAUAGGAACAUAAUAUCAAAGGUUUCUAUUUCCAAGGAUUGUAUCGAGUACUAUCUAUCUUCAAUUAACAUUUUAAAUGAAUUUUUCAUCACUUAUGGUGAUUCAAUUUCCCAAAUAUCAGCUCCCUACGUAUUAGCGAACAAUUCUAACGGCAGGGUUAUUGAUAAAACAGAAGAAGUUGCAAACCAAGCGGAAAGUAUAGCGAUUAAUGCGAUGAUCAAAAUGGUACAGUCCAUAAAGGAAGGUCUAUCAUUCUUGAACGUUUUAUACGAGGAAAGCGAAGUCGAAGGAUUCGACAACCAAUACCUUGGUUUCAAGGAUAUAAUCAGUUUUGUAAGCUUGGACGUCCAAAAAGAUUUAGUCAAACUAGAUUUUAAAGAUUUAUUUGCUCCAAAUGACAAAACAAAAUCAUUAAUUAGAGAAAUUUUAUUAUCCAUCAUCAAUAGGAAUAUCACCAAAGGUGCGUCGAUAGAGUAUACCGCAACAGCUUUACAAGAACGCUGUGGAUCAUUCUGCUCUGCAAGUGAUAUAUUAGGAUUUAGAGCCAUUGAACAUCUUAGAAGGGCUAAAGAAAUUGGCUUGCGUAACUAUGAUUCUCUAAACUAUCACCUGAAAAAUGCUACUGCUUUACUUGAACAAAUUGUGGAUGAUCUUUCUAUCGAGAAAUUGAAAGAAGCUGUAUCAAUGAUGCUGAGUGUAAAUUAUUACCCAAAAUCUAUUGAAUUCUUAUUGAAUAUUGCCAACUCUAUGGACAAAGGCAAACUAGCUUGUCAAUAUGUGGCAAAUGGAUUUUUAGAAAAUGAUGAUAGGAAACAAUAUUACGACAAACGUAUCUUAGUUUAUGACCUAGUUUUUGAUACUUUAAUAAAAGUAGACGAACUUGCCGAAAAAAAACAGUCAUCAAAAACUCAAAACCAAAUUUCGAUAUCGAAUGACGAUGAAGUGAAACUGAGACAAAAAAGUUAUGAAGCCGCCCUAAAAUAUAACGAUAGAUUAUUCCACUAUCAUAUGUAUGAUUGGCUUGUGUCUCAGAACAGAGAGGAAAAACUAUUAGAUAUUGAAACUCCAUUCAUACUCCCUUAUUUAAUGGAAAAGGCAGGUAGUUCAUUGAAGAUAUCUAAUAUACUCUGGGUCUAUUAUUCAAGAAGAUCUAAAUUUUUCGAAUCUGCUGAAAUUCUUUACCGUUUAGCUACAUCGAAUUUUGACAUCACAUUGUUUGAAAGAAUUGAGUUUCUUUCACGCGCCAAUGGUUUUUGCAACAGUGUGUCACCAUUAAGCCAGAAACAAAGAAUUGUACAAUUAGCUAGUAGGAUCCAAGAUGCAUGUGAAGUUGCUGGUAUUCAAGGUGAUAUAUUGUCGCUCGUGUAUACAGACGCAAGAAUAGAUUCAGCCAUUAAAGAUGAGCUGAUCAAAACUCUAGAUGGUAAAAUAUUGAGCACAAGUGAGCUGUUUAAUGAUUUUGCUGUACCCUUAAGUUACCAUGAAAUUGCCCUAUUCAUUUUCAAGAUAGCAGAUUUUAGGGACCAUGAAGUAAUUAUGGCCAAGUGGGAUGAGCUAUUCCAAUCUUUGAGGAUGGAAUUUAAUAAUACCGGAAAGAAAGAAGAUUCAAUGAACUUCAUCAACUUACUGUCUAAUGUACUGAUUAAAAUUGGUAAAAAUGUUCAGGAUUCUGAAUUCAUUUUCCCCAUUUUCGAACUCUUUCCCAUUGUCUGUAAUUUUUUCUACGAAACACUACCUAAGGAACAUAUUGUAUCAGGGUCGAUAGUUUCUAUAUUCAUAACAGCGGGUGUUUCUUUCAACAAAAUGUACUAUAUUUUAAAAGAACUAAUCGAGACAUCAGAUUCCGAUAAUUCCGUAUUUAAUAAAGAAAUGACCUGGUUAAUUCACGAAUGGUACAAAUCGGACAGGAAAUUUAGGGACAUUAUUUCCUACAACGAUAUCAUUCACUUGAAGGAAUACAAAAUUGAUAAUGAUCCAAUUGAAAAGUACGUUAAGAACAGCGGCAAUAAUUUGGGGAUUUGUUUCUACAAAGAAUAA